GUCUGAGCAAUCCACGAUUAACAGGACACAGAUCGGACAAUUUGAACCCUGGGGGACAGUUCGCUGAUCCGCGCUGAGAUGAGAGGGUUUACGCUGAAUACAGUUUGCCACUGCGGCUUAUUUGCUUGUCUUAUCCUGCUGUCCUUCGUGUCUUUCACCGCUGCAGUCAGUUUGGAUCUGGCCGAGCUUAGGAAUAAAGUUGCAAAAAUUAAAGUGAAUCCAAGAGGCAAUCUUUGGGCUACAGGACAUUUCAUGGGCAAGAAGAGCGUGAUGGACGCCCCGCUGCUGCCUGCGGCUCAGGGCAUCGAUGCGCUGGAGGUCAGCCUCCCCGUGGAGCAGAGCGCCCUCCUGGAGCUUUUUCAUCAGUUCGUGCGGGGGGAGUUGCAAGCGCAGGUGGAUACCAGGGAGAGGAGCUCGAACCCCCAGGAGGCGGACAUGUUGAUGAAGAUUUUAGAAAGCUACAUCCAACGCAAAAAGUGAUACAGAUGAUGUCCGUCACGCAUGAACACGGACUCCACGUCAUCUGACCGGGAUUAAAAUAAAUGUACAGUUCAUCAUGAUUGUCAUUUAAUGUAACUAUGUAUGCUCAUCUGCAAUACAUGUAACGUUUUUUCUCCCCCAAUUUAUUUUCAUGAUGAUAUUUUGGUCUUUCAAAAUUAUUUAUAAUAAAUGAAAUAAUUAUU